CGGCCGCUGGGGGAACAGAGGCGGGUGGCCCAGCAUGGUGAACCAGUCGCGCUUGGCAUUUUGUACCGUUCACGUCUCCUCUACUUCCUCCCACCACACAAAACUCUCUCAAGAAAUUACAUUUUUUGGUUACAGAAGGAAAGGGGGCGUUUUCGUCCUAGCAUCCCACAUUCCGCGGCUUGCAUUUAAGCGCGUGCAGUGUUGUUUUUGUGUAGUGGUGAUGCAUGAUGACCUUGCAACCCUUGCACGCGUACCUGCACCAGCCUAUCGUGUCUUGCAACGCAGAUACAUUUGCCGUGACUUAUCCCUCUGUCGUGAAAACUCCUGCCGGGUUACGAAGAUGCCAGGACAGUGCCCAAGAUGCCAGAAGGCUGUAUACUUCGCCGAGGAGAAGAUUGUGUUGGGUCGUCCCUACCACAAGAUGUGCAUCAAGUGCGCCAAUUGUAACAAACUCCUGGACAGCAGCACAUUCACCGAGCACAAUGAGGAGAUGUAUUGCAAGAGCUGUUAUGGGCGGCUCUUUGGCCCAAAAGGGUAUGGAUAUGGUGUUGGUGCAGGGGUCCUCUCCAUGGAUGAUGGCACAAAAUAUGAGAAUGGCCCUCCUAAGAGCAAUAUCCCGGCAACCAUGGAAGCUUAUGUAGCACCACUCAAAGAGCCAGCACCGGCAGUAAAACCCGUACGACCCAAAUGGGGAGGUGCGGACUAUUGCGUCAGAUGCUCUAAGCAAGUGUUCAUGGCAGAGCGAAAAAUGGCAGCAGGAGGGGCAUGGCACAAAGCAUGCUUCAACUGCCGUGAGUGCCACAAGUGUCUUGACUCGCAUUCAAUUCGUGAACGUGAACAAGAUAUCUACUGCAACCCAUGCUAUGGAAAGAACUUUGGGCCUAAAGGAUAUUGGGGAUGGUCAUCAGCCAAGGUGUCGUAAAUUUUGGAAUCGGGAAUUUGAAGACGCAUGAUCUGGGUUCACCUCAUCUUGUCCUGUUUGUGCACCUCUAGUUUAGAUGUAUUUAGUAGGCUCACAUUUGCUAUUUCCAAAUAAGAUUAUUAAAAUGACUCCUCUAUUAUGGUAAUUACAUAAUCUUAAGGUGUUGUGAAACAAAAAAUGUAUGUUUGAGAAACAUAUGCUAGUAUGAUGUUGUUUGUAAAUACAAUAGGCUGGAUGGCAUUAUUAAUACUACAUGAAAUAUUCAUGAAAUUAGGAAAGCUAAUUGCAGUUUAGCAACUUUUAAUAUUAUAUAUAUAUAUAUAUAUAUUAUGAAGUAUAUAUAAAUUGUAUAUUUCCUAAAUUUGCAUAAUAUACAUGUUGGUCACAUUUAAUUGGUAUAAUCAACUCCUGAUCAGUGAAUUGACAUCUUUUCUUAACAGCUAUCAUACUGUCUUCAGAACAUCAAGCACAAGUUUAUCAUUUAAAUAUUAAGUUUCUUGAUGCUCUAUCAAACCAUUUAAUCAUUUAUAAUUUUCCUUUUUUUUAUCUAUCUACAGUAUCAAGUAUUUAUUACUUUUAGGACUGUAGUGACAAAUGACAUUCUGUAGCUAUGCAAUUAACUUUAUUUUUAAUACGAAUGUAAGCUGUUAAACAUAGGCAUGAUUCAUUUAAUUUUAAUUAUACUAGGCAUUAGAGAAGAACUGUUGUGACAAUAGUACAAUACUGGUACUGUAUUUGGUGUUGGACAAUUGAUCUUUAUUUUAAUGGUCCUAAACAUAGUUGGUCUGUCUCUGACUGUGGCAGGUGCCAAAAACCAAGGACUGUAAAUUCUGUGAUGAUUAAUUGUUUCUGUGCAUGUGUGAAAAAACCUUCAUAUGAUUCUGGGCCCAUAGAUUGCAGUAUUGUAAAAUAAAGUGUUAAAUUCAAAAAAUAAAUUACAUUGCUAUUUUUUAUAAAAGCUCCAGGAUGAUAACCAACAGUAGUCUUAGUUUUGUAUUCAUCCCUAUCACAUUUUCUUUUAAAAAGAAAUUAAUGUUUGUUGAAGGCAUACUUGUAAUUUUCAAUUUGUAAUCAUGGAUUUAGUUUUGAACCAAUUACUUUACAAAUAAAUUAUUACUUUCUUGAUAUUUAUUUAUAAUAUUGUCUGUAAUUCAGUGGGUGAUCUUUAUCCUCCUCAUAAAUUAUAUCUGCAAAAGCUGCCAUUAUUGUACUUCCUACAGGAUGGCAUUCAUAUAAAUCAGGAGUAGUUCUGGUCCAGAUGCUGAACCCUAUGGAACCCUUCCUCCCACUACAGCCCAGUUUCCUCUUUGAUACUCUAAUCCAGUCCUGUAUCUUCCCAAUUACCUAAGUCUUUUUUUUCCAAGCAAUCAGACUUUUUGGCAUUAUUGGAAGAAUGCAAAUCACCCAUCUUUCUAUCAGUGAUUCAUAUCCAAAGUUUAAGGCCUCAUGUCUAUCUCCUUUGUUGAAUAUGAGCACCACCUUUGCAGUCUUCCAGGUUUCUGGACAUUCCCUCUUUUCUAAUAAAACAUUAGAUUCUAGUUAGUGGAUUACAUAAUAGCUGUUGCCUUAAUAUCCAAGGUAAAAUAAAAUAUUGCUCUACUAUUUUGCUUAUACAGUAUCUGAAUUCUGCAGGGUGUUUCUUUGUUCCUCAACCGUUACUACCAUAUCAUCUAUAGUGGAUUCUACCACUCAGACUAACACAACCCCCACUUGGCAGGAAAAUUCAGAUCUGCAAAAGCAGUGCAUUCAACAAGUUAAAAAAAUAUUAUCAUACUUUUUCCUGGGUCCUGUUGUGUUAGCCGAGGAAUUGUAUAUGACCACAACUAUUAUGUUGUACUCUAUUGUUACCAUGACUAUGGUGUAGUUGUAUGAAUUAACAACCUCUGGUAUGGGUAUUUCUUCAAAUCUAUAAUGUAUCUACAAUAGCAUUACUUUUCUCCCUCUACCUUUGAUUAGUAUUUAUUUACUAGUCACUUGCUAAACUCUUGGAAAAAAAAAAGAGUACAUCCUGAAUGAUUCUUUUAUGUUUCAUUUCUAUAAUUGGAAUGGUGUGUGUUGUGUCUGUCUGUAUCUUACCCAUUCCUGCUGGGAGUAAACAUUUUAGGAUAUUUCCAUGGAAACUGUCAAUAAAAGAUAGUUUUAUCUUUUAUAUUGGAAAACAUAACUGUCUAAUGAUGUAUGUACAUCUAAGCUAUUUUUAAUAUUUUUGGUCACAAUUAUUAUAUUUUUAUUAAUGUAAACAAUAUUGCACACAUUUGAAACUAUUUUAAUAUGGUACUGAAACCCCUUAGAAAUGUAAAUUUUAAAUAAAAAAUUAACUAGUU